AUGAGUCAACAUAUGAUUAGCAGUGAUAAAGAAUUGGAUAGAGUAUGCCAGUUAUUUUUUUAUCAGCCGACUGGUUAUCACUCUAACUCUAGAAAAUUAUAUAAAGAUCUCAAAAAUGAAGGGCAUCAAUUCCCAUUCAAAAAAGUACGUGGCUGGCUUGAAAAUCAGAACGAAUGGCAAAAACAUGCACCACCACCAAAAGAUACUCCACGG